AUAGAAAAUGGGAUAAUUUAGCGUCAAUCAUGCCGUUCCGCAAGGCAACGAAUUACAAACGAUUCAAUGUUGGGGAAUACAUGCGCAACAAAAUAUUGGCAUGGGAAGGAAAUAUGAGCAAGCAAAAGAAAGCAAAAUGUGUGUCUAAGAAACUUAAACGUCUUGAUGAUAAGGUAAAGAAAUUGGUGAAUGAAGUGGAAGAGUUAGAUAGCAUCAGGACAGAGUUCAUUGAAGGUGGAAGUAGGCAGGGGGAACAAGAGGAGAAAGGUUUUAGCAUAGGCAGGAAGGCAGUUGUUAGGCAAAGAAACAAACCAACUGGGCAAGCUGGUGUGGAGUCCACUGGUCGAACACGCAGGAUGGAGACUAUGUUGGCGGCUAAUGCCAUUCAUGGAGGUAAUAAAGAUGAUACAAAGCCUGGUGCCAUUGGAAUGUUGGAGACAUUAGAAAAUAAGUGCAAAGUGGGUGAUAUAGUAAAAGGAUUAGAAAAGUGCAGUAAGUUUAAGAGCAAGGUUUUUCCAAAAAUUUACAAAGAAGAUUUGAAGAAGUUCGAAAGAUCAGAUGAGAAUAUGUUAAGAUCGAUUGCUGUGUAUUAUAGCAAAGGAGUUAUGGGCAAAGAAAAGUAUAGAAGAGUUUAUAAGGCUAGCUCAUAUGAGCAGAUAUGUGGUAGUAAGAGGGCUAAACGUGUUAGUGUUGCUAAAUGUCCCACCCCUCGGCUGGUUCCCUAUGAUAGAUUAAUGCAAUACAUUAAAUCUAUUGAUAUUGGUAAGUUAUUUAGUGUUCGUGAACAUCUGUGCAAUGGGUUGGAUGAGUGUGAGAAGGUCAAUGGUUUUUACAGAGAUAUAGAAGAUAUUCUUGUUAAGCUUGCAGAAUUUUAUUUGAACAUUGGUAAGUAUAAACUUUUCAACUUUAAUCAGCCAAACUCAUUUCAUGUUGCUAUUGGUGGAGAUGGGGCCCUUUGGAAGAGAUGA